GGUAAAACAGGAUUUCUAGAACCAUAAACAGAGAGAACCAUCUUCCUGUCAACAAUAGACCACAUAGCGCCACGCCCUCCUGUUUUCAGUGUUUCGAGAUCUCGUUUCUACAGAACAGGGAAAUUAGUUUUGUAUGAUAUUAUAGUUUACGUGUUGUUGUGUUGCUGGCUCUUUGACGUUUACCACACAUUUAUGUUGGUAGUAUAUAAUAUACACUUAUGACGUCUGUUUUGGAUAAUUUCACAGAAAAAAUUACAUCUGAUUUGAAAAAUACAGUUUUUGCGACAUCUGAUGCGACGCCUUUUAUAGAUGCAGAUAAAAAUGCCAAAUGUGACGGAUCCUGUGUUGUUAUUAUCUUGGUGGCAGUAGUGGCUUUCUCCGCCAUUAUAUUGCUGUUAGCAUGUAUAUUUAGAACAAAGCCUAGAGACGAUAGAGAUUCUGACAAGGAUGAAACUAGUGCCACCAAUAUACCACACAGUACACAAAGCAGUUUUAAUGAAAAAUAUACUGUUGCCUAUGUUGUGUCUGAAAAACAGAAAGAAGUGAAAAUUGCAUAAACAUCUAAAUAUGUAUUAUUAAUAUAUAAACUGUUGAUCCACAACUAAGUUAUACUUGAGAGUAUAUACUG